AUGGCAAGCUACAAGAGGAAUGGUACCAGAAAUGUUGAUGCCGUUGGCUUGCGUAAGCUCGGCGUUUCUGAAGAGAAUAUCGCGCUUCAGGAAGCGUACGAAGACAUUCUAGAUCGUCUUGUCAGGGGCCAAGAUCCAUUGAACCCAGAGGAAGCGGCCCGCGAGCUGAAUGAGCUGACGACAUCUGAGCGAGUGCCACUCACUACAACCGUCGGGAGACAUGAUCAACCUCGAAGCUAUCACCUCUAUCGCCUGGCUACAUCCCUGACUGAAGUGGCCUGGUCCACGGAGUGUGACACCGACGACGUCCGGGCACGGCUGGUCGAUUUUGUGGAGGCUCUGGCUAGGUAUAAACUCUGGGACGACCUGGAUUACUUCGGUAACGCCAUGCGUGAAGAGUUGGAUGGGGUUUUUUCCCACAAACCGGAGGGCACAUCCCAGGCGCGAAUUAGCUUUGCGUCCUUUACCACCAGGCUGAUUGCACGGGAUCUGUUCUGGGGAUUAAACUUCCCUGCAUGGGAACUGCGAUCGACGCUGGAGAAACCCCUCUCAGAUGCUAAUACGUCCCGGAUAGAUGCAUAUCUCGCCAUCGUGCGCGAGUAUAUCCUCCAUGCGGGUGUGAAAACCUACAAUCACCUACGCACUCUGGAACGUGACCUGCCUCACCUUAACGCCAAAAAGAAGGAACAUAGCGAGCGGAUCUACAUGGCGUGGUCCCUGUACAAAGAGGGCAAAGGUAAAAUCUUCAGCGUGGAGCGUUGGCAUUUCUGGAAGCAGCGCAUUGCUGAGCUUGCAGAGCAAGCCUCGCCUGAGUAUCAGAUGAUCGCCACGGGUCUGGUUGCAAGGAUGAACCAGAUCGAGAUGAAUACCCCUUGGGACGGGGUUGUGGCGGAUCCUGGAGCGGCGUAG